GAUUAUCAAGGCUUCGUAAGUUGUCCUUACUUGGCCAUGCCCACCUCUUACCAGUGCUCAAAGCCAAUAGCAAUGCCUUGGGCAUCGCUCAAAAGCCAGAAGAGCCGCUCGUUUCGUCACAGUGCAUGCAUUGUGGUUUGCUGGUUGGCAUGCAUUGUGUGCUUCCGACUCGGGCAUCUCAGCUAUGUUGGCGAAACCAUCCACCUGUGCCAUCGUGGGGCCAAGCUGCAGACCACCACCAUGCUGGUGCGUGAAAGGAGAGGAACCUUGUUGCCCAAGACCACUGAUGUCAAGACUGCAGGUGGUGAGAGGUCAAAGGCCUCCUCCUUUGCAUCAGAUGGUGAGAAGGAUGCUCGGAGAUUGACAUCUCAGAUAAAGAAGGUCCUGACGCCAGCUGAGUUGCUUGGCAUUUUGGAUGAAGCGGUGGACGCACCGUACUUCAACUGCUUUCACGUUUCAGCCGCCUACCACAGGUUGGCAAUCUUUCAGCAGAGCGGGUCGUUACCUCGAAACUGUGCUGAAAGCACGGUCCUCCCGAGGCUGAAUUCUCAAGUUGAGAACAUGCUCAUGCUGGAGCAACUGGAUGCACGAGCCACCGCUAACGUGCUUUGGGCAUUGGCAGUGCUGCUGGGCGCCGUGCCCUUGGUGACAAGCUUGAUUCACGACUUGGCUCAAGAUGUUCAAGACAAAGCCAGUGAACUGAAUACUCAUGAUUUGUCCAACUGCUUGUGGGCAUCAGCAAAAUUGAAGGAUGUCGCUCCUGAUGUCCUGAACGUGGUGCCAGCACUCAUUGCCCAAAUUCGAGGCAAAGCUGGCGACAUGAUUCCCCAACAGUUGUCCAACUGCUUGUGGGCAUCAGCACAUUUGAAGGAUGAUGCUCCUGAUGUGCUGGACAUUGUGCCAGCGCUGGCUGCCCACAUUCCACGCAAGGCUAGUGACAUGAUUCCUCAAGCACUGUCCAACUGCCUGUGGGCAUCAGCGCAUUUGAAAGAUGAUGCUGAUGUCCUGAACGUGGUUCCAGCACUUAUUGCCCAAAUUCCAGGUAAAGCUGGCGACAUGAUUCCCCAACAGUUGUCCAACUGUUUGUGGGCAUCAGCACGUUUGAAGGAUGUCGCUCCGGACGUGCUGAAUGUUGUGCCAGCACUCAUUGCCCAGAUUCCAGGCAAGCUUGGUGAGAUGGUUCCUCAAGAAUUGUCCAACUGCUUGUGGGCAUCAGCACAUUUGAAGGAUGAUGCUCCUGAUGUGCUGGACAUUGUGCCAGCGCUGGCUGCCCACAUUCCACGCAAGGCUAGUGACAUGAUUCCUCAACAGUUGUCCAACUGCCUGUGGGCAUCAGCGCAUUUGAAGGAAGUGGCUCCUGAUGUGCUGAAGGUCAUGCCAGCACUUGUUGCCCAAAUUCCAGGCAAAGCUGGCGACAUGAUUCCCCAACAGUUGUCCAACUGUUUGUGGGCAUCAGCACGUUUGAAGGAUGUCGCUCCGGACGUGUUGAAGGUCGUGUCAGCACUCGCUGCCCGCCUUCCAAGCAGAGCUGUUGACAUGAAGCCUCAAGGAUUGUCCAACUGUUUGUGGGCAUCAGCACAUUUGAAGGAUGUCGCUCCUGACGUGCUGAAAGUCGUGCCAGCACUUCUUGCCCAAAUUCCGGGCAAAGCUGGCCAGAUGACAGAAAUAAAUUUGUCCCAAUGCAGAUGGGCUGUGGAAGAGUUGAAGGAUGUAGCACCCGAAGUGCUGAAGAUCGAAGCUGCACUCAUGGCGAGGCGGAAAGCAAAGGCCGCCAGCCCAUAGUCAUAGUUGCAAUGAAGGUAGGCGGUUGUGCCAAGUGGAUCCACGGCCGCAGUAUAUGUUCUUUUUGCCACGUAGUGUUUGUAGAUGAUUUUAGUCAGUGGUAAUGCGACAAUUCCCUAAAGGCAGGUGCAUGGACCACAGGUUCCUGGCACCAUCUUGAGAAGAGUGCUCGGCCGAACUGAAGCACCACGGGGAUCCGAGUGCAGGAGCAGGUGUUUUUUCGUGCACAAUCCUGGCACAGGGCGUUGGAAGUCAAAAA